GUCAAGGAUGGAUCUUCCGACCGCCAAGGGCCAUGCCGGAUAAAGAUAUCAUCCGGAUGCCGGAUUUCCAACCUGCCAUUCAUCUUCAUGACGACCCGCGGGAUCUCGGCCUCGAGCGCGCUCGACUUCCUCCGCGUCUGCGGCCAGCUAAAGCGCCUCAAGCGUACGGGCUGGGUCAACCACCAAGUCCAUGCGCCCGAGUCAGUCUCGGACCACAUGUACCGCCUGGCCAUGUGCAGCCUUCUCCUCGACAACGACUCGUCCGUCGACCGCAUGAAGUGCAUCAAGAUGGCCAUCGUGCACGACUUGGCGGAAGCCUUCGUUGGCGACAUUACGCCCCACGAUGGCGUCUCGGACGAAGACAAGCACAAGCUCGAGCGUGAUGCGAUCGAUGAGAUUUGCACCAAGCUCGGCGCCGAGUCCCAAGCUGCCAAGGAAAUCCGCGACUUGUGGUUCGAGUACGAGAACGCAUCGACGGACGAAGCCAAGAUGGUCAAGGACUUUGACAAGUUUGAGAUGAUUCUGCAGGCCGACGAGUACGAGAGCGUGCAAGCCGUCGAUCUCCAGGACUUCUUCAACAGCACACAGGGCAAGUUCAAGACGCCCCUCGUCCAGUCGUGGGUCCAAGAGCUCAACACGCAGCGCGACGCCCGCAAGACGUCGACCGAGUAACUUUUUCACACGGACCUCGCGCUAGCUACAUCGUC